UCGUUUCGGACAUUGUAACAGCGUGUAGUGAGGGUUAUUAUUUUUUUUUUUGUAUGGCAUGAAGAGGUGCUAUUACUUAUCAGUGCAAUUUUUGUGACUUUUACUCUAGUGAGAACGCGAGGAGUUGAUAAUCUAAGGAUAACUAGUGCUAGUGAUAAUAAGUAAACUUACUGAUAAUAACAACCACUCACCACCAAGCUUCAUCAUGAUCAAGACUUCUAUUCAACGACCAAUCGCCUCUUUGGUCUUUUUCGCAGUUAUUGUUAUCAAUGGAAUUGUCUGCGAAACACCCCUUACCGAUUCAGCGUCCCUACCGUUGGAACAUCGUGGAGUGUAUGGACCACCGCUUUCCGGGCCUGGUUACGCACCUCCAAAUCUUCUUCAAAACGUCGGGGGUGGCGAUGGUGGUCCUGACGACCCUUGGCCCUUGGCUAACCGAGAUAUGCCUCAAAUUAAACAUCUCCAAGUUCAAUGCGAAAAGACUCACAUGAGAGUCAACAUCGAAUUCGAUAGACCAUUCUAUGGAAUGAUAUUUUCUAAAGGAUUCUACAGUGAUUCCCAUUGUGUUCAUCUGAAACCUGGAACCGGACAUCUCAGUGCUACCUUCGAAAUAUUCCUGAAUAGUUGUGGCAUGUCAUCUUCAGCAAAUCACAACGCCGCAAGUUAUGGUGGGCCGACUCCUAGUGGAAGUUAUGUGGAAAAUACGAUUAUAAUACAGUACGACCCUUAUGUUCAAGAAGUUUGGGAUCAAGCCCGAAAAUUGAGGUGCACCUGGUACGACUAUUAUGAGAAAGCAGUUACUUUCCGACCCUUCCAAGUAGACAUGCUGCACGCUGUUACAGCUAAUUUCUUAGGAGAUAAUCUUCAAUGCUGGAUGCAAAUACAAGUAGGGAAAGGGCCGUGGGCAUCCGAAGUAUCGGGAAUUGUGAAAAUCGGUCAAACCAUGACCAUGGUUUUAGCUAUCAAAGAUGACGAAAAUAAAUUCGACAUGUUGGUUCGCAAUUGUGUUGCUCAUGAUGGUAAACGAGCACCCAUCCAACUGGUUGACCAAUACGGUUGUGUCGUAAGACCAAAGAUCAUGAGCAAAUUCCAGAAAAUUAAAAACUUCGGACCAUCAGCUUCUGUAGUGUCGUUCGCAUAUUUCCAAGCCUUCAAAUUCCCCGAUUCCAUGAAUGUUCACUUCCAGUGUGUUAUCCAAGUGUGUCGUUACAAUUGUCCUGAACCAAAAUGUGCAGGCCACGGUCUCGGAUUAUUAGGAGACUAUGGAGCUCCUGCACUAGGAAACGCUUUAGGAGCAGGCGAUUUCGGGGGUCACGGAGACUAUGGACCGCCACAACUUCCAGAAUACGGCGUUCCACCAGCAUAUCCUGACCCUCGUCAUCCUUCUGGACCUGCUGGAGCAUAUUCUGAAACCAAGGAGAACAUCGUUCCAGCACCGCAAGCUCAAACUGCAUCAUCCUCUACUUCGGACCCCUCGAGUCCUUCUUCCCCAGCACCUCAAACGCCAUCUCAAUCCAGCAACGAUAUUCAUUUGCCCCCUCCACCUCCUCCAGGACACCAUGGACCAUACAGCACGAUGAAGAGGAAAAAUGGAAUUGCUGACGAAUUAGAAGGAAACUUAGCAACCCUCGGAGGUCGGCCCAGAUCUGUUGGAAAUCUACCAGAAGGUUUACAAGGGGCCAGAAGGAAGAGAAGUCCUGAAGUAAUGACUAUUGUCGUCAGUCACGUAUACAAGAGAGAAGCAGGACAAGAAAUGACUGACGUGAAUACAAGCAGGACGAUUCAAGUAGUCGCACCAGGAGACGUAAACUUUGCUUUGAAUGCCGCUUCAAGUAACGAAACCGUUGUGAUCCAAUCGGCAUCUUCGGCGGAUCCAGAAACAAUUUGUAUGUCAGUUCCUAGCUUCGUAGCCGGUCUGGUUAUGCUGUUGUUAGUCCUGAUAGUGGCUAGUUUAGUGGCAGCUUUCUUAUUUGUUCGAGUACGCGCCAUCGAUAGGAAGGGCGUCGCAUCGGCAUUUGUUGGUGCCCAUCAUGGAUACGACAAUUCGGAA